AUGGCGCACCUUACUUACUCGCGGUCGGCCAUGUCCGACCUUGGUGGACAUCAACACAAGGACCGCAAGCUCAUGCAAAGCGAUACCACUACCAAAGGACGCUACAGCGAUAGCCAAUCAGGCGCACAAGACAGUGCGCCAGGCAGCAAACACCGCAACGAAUCGAGAAGUGACGGCCAGUCUCUCACUGGAGAAGCUACAAAUGAAGACGAUGAGGGAGACAGUGAAACCGCGCAAGACGGUGAACAAGAUGAUGAUGAGGAUGAACCAGCGGCCCCCGCCCCGUUCCGCGGUCUUGGGAAGGGCAAAGGACGAGGAAAACGCCCUGCCAUCCGUGUCGAACCUGUCGAAGAUCAAUCGCAGGAAGAGGAUGACGAGGUCGUAUCCCUUGGAACGGGGCCCAGCUCGAGUAAGCACCCGGUGAGCCAACUGAUCAUGAACAACAAGAAGCGCACCUUCAGCAAUCUGUCCAGCACAUCUGUGCUCUUUGGUGACGACUCCACCGAUCAAGAGUUUCCCAGACGCAAGAUGGCGCGCAAACUAAGCAAUGCGGUCACGAAACCGCUACUGACCUACAAGGCAAAUGAGGAGGACCUUCAUGAAAAUGCCAUCGAGAGCGACGAUGAAGACUAUAGCGCACUCAACCUCAUCCCUGAUGAUGACUCAGAUGUCGAGUUGAUGGAGCAACAAGAAGAGAGCUUCAUUCUCCAAGAAGAGCAGCAGGCGACCACCCUACUCAACGAGUUCCGUGACGCUCGCCGACUCAGCCUCGAGAGCUGCAUUAGUGACAAUAUCUUCGAUGUCACUGCGCCACUUGACGACGCAUACAUCUCCGGUCUUCAAGACUACGGCUUUGCCCAAUUCUUCGAGCCAGAGGCUCUGCCUGCAUCUCCCGAUCCAGCGGUCAAGAGAAAGUAUUCAGAUAGCUCCACGAAGCGUGUUCGCUUCGAUGACGAGGUUCAAGUAUCAGAUAGCUCAAGCUCAGAAUCUUCCGAGCUCGACAGCAGUGUCUUUCCCGAUCUUUUCCUUGAACAAGACAAGUUGCCUCCCAUCUUGCACCAGCUUCUUGAGAUCGACAAUGACGAAGAUGACGGAGACUUCGCUUCUCCUCAAUCUGACGCAUCGUUCUGGGACUACGGCCAGGACGAGUCUCGCAUCACACCAGCUGAGCAAUCAGACGAGACCGAUAAUGACUCGGCUGGCUCCAGUGGCUAUGAUUCUGACAUGGGUGAUACCACUGACGAAGAAGACUUUGGUACUGACGCUGCGCCACGGACACCUGUUCAAGACAGAUCCGUUCUGCGCCAACCAGCCUCGGCGCCUGGGUCACGGGCUGCGACCCCCAAGCCAUUUCAGCGCAGCUCCCGACCUACUGGACGCCAGAUACCACCUCCUCGUGGUAUCUUCAUUCAUGACGACAGCACCAAAGCUAUUGCUGUCACUAAUCGUGCAACCAAGACGGUCACCUUCUACCGGCCUCGGCCAGCCAUCAUUCCUUGGAUACCUCUGAAUGGAUACCAAAGCGGUACCAGCAGCACCGCCAACAACAGUCCUCGAAAUUCGAUUGCACAAUUGAAUGCAUCCGACAGCGAGAACAGUAACGAAGUUUUGAACAACGCUCUUAACACCGACAUCAUGCUCACUGGUAUUUUUGGAUCUGCGCCUAGUAACAACGACUUCUACUUCGGUAACGAGAGCAUCGGUCCACCUGAGGCAUUCUAUCCUUUUGUCAGCAUCGGAUCCAAUGGCAACAUGAACCUCAUGGACGAUGACGAGUACGAUGACUCUGAGGAUUUCGAAGACGACUUGAACAUUGCCGAUUUCAUGGACUUCGGCUCCGACGGUGACGACACCGAUCUGGAACCAGACUUUGAAGAUACCGAUGUGCCAGCAACUCCAGCUACGUCUCAAGUGGCGCUUCAUGGCUCAACCCCUGCUCAGCCUACGCCGAUGACCGAGACGCCAGUCAACCGUAAGAGGACGACUUCGGACGCUAUGCUUCAGCACUUCGACCGCGGUGUCGUCACCGCUUUUCGCAACAACCAGAACCGCUACCGCGACGUCGCAUCGCUUCCGCAAGAUCCUGCUGCGCGCGCUUCGGUCUCGCGUCCAGUCCGGUCCGGCAAGUCUGCUGAGGCUCUCAUCACACCUCUCCGCAAGCGUUCCAAGUCGAAUCGGAUGACCCGUACUCCUAUGCACACCGGUUCAGCUGCGGGCAACCAGAGCUCGCCACUAUCAGGCGUUACAAAAGCCACCUCCAGGCUGCAGAACUCCAUGAUGGGCACACCUCGGAGGCCUCCCCCUAGGAUGGGAACCUUCUCUUAA